GUAGAGUCGCACGGAGCCGCGGCUCGGCGCAGCAGAAGUUGCUCGGGAAGGGAAAUACUGAGGAUGACAAGAGUGCGGAGCCCGGCCGAGGAGAUGAGGGGGGUGCUGAGCGGCUGAUUUCUCUCCCAGCAUCAUCCAGAUCUCUCUCCCUGUGAGGAUCCAAACUGCGGGCGGCUGCUCACUCCUCUGCCUCUACACUCUUCCAGGUCUUUGCAGGAGCCCGACGGAGGAUCUCAGCUCCUGGAGCCACAGCUGCGUAAACUUGGCCAGGGUCUGGUGACAUUGAAGCCUCCGUGAGCGCGCGCCGAGCCGCCUGGGUGGAUAUGUGGCUCAACGAGGGCAUUUGAGCAGCAAAAAGGGGGGAUUACUAUCAGUCCCUCUCUUAUUAUAACCUCAAAAUGGAUGCCGACAACAGGCUGCGGAGACGCCACUGGAUUAGCCCCUCUUGCGCUCAUCUGCUUGACAUCUAAACGGCACAGGCGUUCAAAGUUUGGAUAAUCGGAGAGGCUGAAAGGUGCAGGAUGCAGUCUGGAGUGAAGACGCUCUCCGCAGGUGGAGGUGCGUCACUCUGCUGCCUGCUGCUCCUCUGGCUCAUCUACUCCCAUCUGCUUAGAGAGGGCCAGUUGGCGGUGGGAACCUGUGAGAUAGUGAUGCUCAACAGAGACAGCAGCGUUCCCAGACGGACCAUUGCCAGGCAGACGGCCCGCUGCGCCUGCCGGAGAGGCCAGAUUGCCGGGACCACAAGGGCGAGGCCGGCCUGUGUAGACGCGCGGAUCGUGCGGAGCCGCCAGUGGUGCGAGAUGGCUCCCUGCAUGGAGGGGGAGGUCUGCAGCCUCCUGUUCAACCGAUCCGGCUGGACCUGCACCAGGGGCAGCGGUCGCAUCAAGACCAUCACGGUAUUUAACGAGACGUGA